GCGGUGCAAAUAGUAUUAUCCCCAAAGUAAUAUCUGAAUCGGCAGUCGUGAAAUAUCAACAUUGUCGCUAUCGGAAUCACUGCUUCAUUUCUAGCCUCUUCAUUUCAGCGUUAUAAUCGCUUUCCGAACGGAUUAUUCUCCUCUCUUCUUUCUUUUCUACGUUGCAGUGUUUGAUUUGUUGCGAACAAUAUGUACAACGGAAUAGGGUUACAAACCCCAAGAGGGUCAGGUACCAAUGGGUACAUUCAAAGCAACAAAUUCUUCGUGAAGCCGAGAACUUCGAAGGUUGCUGAGAAUAUGAAGGGGUUUGAGGGAGAUCAGGGUACUGCUGGUGUUAGUAGAAAGGCUAACAAAGAGAUUCUUGAGCAUGAUCGAAAGCGUCAGAUUCAGCUGAAGCUUGUUAUUCUUGAAGAUAAGCUGAUUGAUCAGGGUUAUACUGAGGCUGAGAUUGCGGAGAAGCUUGAGGAGGCGAGGAAUAACUUGGAGGCUGCAGCUGACGAAAACGACGGAUCCAAUAUGGAUAAGAUUUCUGAUACACAGAGUCACCAAAUUGCUGCUAGAAAGGAAAAACAGAUGGAAACAUUGAAAGCUGCUCUUGGCAUAAUAUCUGAAGCUGAUGAAUUAAAUACAGAUGGGAAUGAUGAAGGGGCUGGAAAUGAAGGGAAAGAUGUUUCUUUUGCUGAUGCAAAACAUAUUUUGAAACCUGAACAUUCCUUUUUGGACAGAGAUUUCAGUCGGAAGAAACAACUGGAGGAAGUUCAAAAAGAAGAAACUACUAAGAAAAAGAGUGUUAAAGACACAAAGCGCCACAAGAAGGGUGGAACUCCCAAGAGAAAGUACAAGGAUGAUUCAUCUGAUUCAGAUAGCAGUACGGAUGAUGAGAAAACAGGCAGAAGGAAGAACAGUAGAGUGAGUACCGACAGUAGUGAUGAAUCUGAUUCUGAUAGUGAUGCUAAGAGGAAGGUCAAGGCUAAAAAGAAGCAGAGCACAUCUAAGCACCGCAAGAAAAGCAGGGUGGAUGACAGUGAUGAUACUGAUUUUUCUUCUGAUAGUGAGGAUAGCAAGAGUGCAAGAAAAAGUAAUAAAAAACCAGUAAAGGCUAGUAAGAGGCAUGAUUCAGAUGGAGAUUCUGAUCAUCAUGAAGGCGUGCCCAGGCGUAGGACUAGUGAAGUGAAGAGGCACGCAAAGACGAGCAAACGUCAUGAUUCUGAAGAGGAAUCUGAUGCUGAUAGUGAGAAAGAGAAACAUGGAAGACUUGAGAAGCAGAAAACAAGGAGGUACGGUUCUAUUGAUGAGGACUCUGGUAGAGGCAGUGUUAGAAAUGCUUCAGGACAAGACAAACAUGUUAAAAGGCGGACAUACUAUUCCUCUGAUGAGAGUAGCAGUGAUAGUGAAACUGGCAGCAGUGAUAGUGAUCACAGGUAUGGAAGAACUAAAAAAGUUGGGUCUGUAGCGAAGAGAGGCGAGCCAAAGGAGGAAAUAAAUGACAGAGGUAAUGCUGCAGGAAAAGGGAAAAAUAGUGCUAAGGUUGAUGGAUUGGAUUCUUUAAGAAAAUCAUAUGGGAGAGACUAUAAAGAGGGUCCAGAUUCUAGAAGUCAAACAAUGGCUAAGGGUGAAAAGAAAAUUGAUGAAGAUAGAGAUAGAGAUAGGGAGACUGUCAACUUUGCUAAGCAUGAUGGACAAGAUAGGAAGUUUGGUAAAACAGAGUCUGAGUCAAAAUCUCGAAUUUAUCAAAAUGAAAAUGAAGAAAGAGAUGGUUAUUCUAAAUCAGCUAGGAUCAGAGGGAAUGAUAAUGAAACUUCUGAUCAGAGAGGCAGAAAUUAUAACAGGGAUGUUGAAUCACAAUCUGUUGGACGAAUUGAUCGGAAUAGGGAGGAUUAUGAAACAAGAAGGAAGGGAAGAAAUGAUAAUGAUUAUAAAAGGGAUCAGGAUAACCAUGAAGAAAAAAAACAUGGAAGGAAUGAAGAUGAUUCAAGAGAUGGAAAGCAUAAAAGGGACGAGGAAGAUCGCCGGGAGAAGAAAAGCUUAAGAGAUGAAGAUGUUCGUGGAGAGAGAAGGCAUGGAAAGGAUGAAGAUUAUCCUACAGGAAGAAAGCACUUGAGGGAUGAAGAUGAUCACGGAGAAAGAAAGAUCAGAAGGAUUGAGGAUGAACAUGCAGAAAGGAAGUCACUGAGGGAUGGGGAUGAUUAUGGAGAAAGAAAGAACUUAAGGGAUGAUGUUGGCAGUAGAGAAAGAAAGAACUCUCUGGAUGGCGAUGUCCGUGGAGAGAAAAGAAGCUCUAGGGAUGGGGAUGAUUAUGGAGAAAGGAAGAACUUAAGGGAUGGCAAUGGCCGUGGAGAGAAAAGGAGCUCUAGGGAUGGGGAUGAUUACGGAGAAAGAAAGAACUUAAGGGAUGAGGGUGGCAGAGGAGAAAGAAAGAACUCUCAGGAUGGCGAUGGCCGACGAGAGAAGAGCUCUAGGGAUGGGGAUGAUCUUAGAGAAACAAAGACUAGAAGGAUUGAGGAUGAUCGUACAGGAAGAAAGACCUUGAGGGAUGAAGAUGAUUUUGGAGAAAGAAAGCACUCAAGGGAUGAGGGUCGUCAUAGAGAAGCACAAAACAAAAGGGAUGGGGAUGGCAGUGUAGAAAUAAAGAACUCUAGGUAUGAGGAUGAUCGCAAAGAAAGGAAGAACUCAAGGGAAGAGGAUGAUCGCAAAGUAAGAAGGAACUCAAGGGAAGAUGAUGAUCACAGAGAGAGAAAGAGCUCAAGGGAUGAGGAUGUUCGUGGGGAAAGAAAGUACAGAGGGGACGAUGAUUAUCAUGGAGAGAGAAAGCGCAGCAGAAGGGAUGAUGAUGAUGGUCAUGGAGAAAGAAGGCAUUAUAGAAGGGAUGAUGAUGAUCGUGGAGAAAGAAAGCACAGAAGGGAGUAGGAAGAGCGGGAAAAUAAAGGCUGUAAGAGGGAUAGUCAUGUGGAUUACUCCCAGAAAACCAAAUACCAUGUUUCCAGUUCAAAGGAGAAGCAUGAAAACCAAAUACUGUGGUCCAGGAAUUGAGCAUGCUUGUUUACUACUUUAGCCUUUGAAUGUGGACGUGAGUAUUGUUUGUUGUCUUAUGUUUCUGCUGUUUAAAGCAUGUAAUUUUGUGUUUGAACUAUUAUUCAUGUUUGCUUAGAUUUCAAGUUGAGUUCCAACUGGUCAAUUUUGUUGGUGUGUUGCCUAUUAAGAAAGUGUUAAAUGUUCCAAGACUGGAUAUAUUGAUCCUGCUAUUUUCAUGAAUGACAGUAGACAUUUUUGCUUGAUGA